GCUCAAAUAAGAAAAACUCAAUUUAUAAAUCCAAGUGCUAAUAACUAUAGUUUUCAAAAUAUAAGUGGAAAAUGGAUGCUAAGUAAAGAAUUUAGUAAAAUUACACAUACAAAAAGAAUUAAACUUAUAAAAGCAAAACUAAUUAACAAGAUAGCAUUAGAUAUUUGGCAUCCAAUACCUAUAACAUGUGAAGAGGCAGAUCUUCAAAAGACUGAAAGUUUCUUAAAAAAAUUACAGAUUUUAUUUAUUAUUAACUCUUUAAUUUCUUCUUUAGAUAAUUCUGAUUAUUUAUGUUUCUG